UAGUCACGCGGACGCUUAAACAUGGCGGCCUCCGUCAAGGGUGUCGUGCAGCAUUGAUUCACUGUUGACAUGAGCACGUGUAGCUAGAGUCGUGCUUUUCAAGUGGCUGUAACAACCAUGGGCGUUGUGAGACACGUCGUGUGUGCCUUGUCAGGAGGCGUGGACAGCGCCGUAGCGGCUCUUCUGCUGAAACGCACAGGGUACCAUGUAACAGCAGUUUUCAUGAAAAACUGGGAUUACCUUGAGGAGAGAGGCGUCUGUACCUCCGAGCAGGACUGUGAAGAUGCCUACAAAGUGUGUCAGAUACUAGACAUGCCUUUUCAUCGGGUGUCUUUUGUCAAGGAAUACUGGAAUGAAGUCUUCAGUAACCUUUUAAAAGAGUACCAGAAUGGCAGGACACCCAAUCCUGACAUAUUAUGCAACAAGCACAUUAAGUUCAGUCACUUCUUCCAAUACGCCAUCGACACCUUGGGUGCUGAUGCCAUGGCGACAGGCCACUACGCCAGGACAUCCCAGGAGGACGAUGAGGUCUUCCAGCAGAGACACACCCCCUCUCGCCAAACUCUAUUCAGGGAUCGGUUUGAGAUCAGAAAUCCGGUAAGGCUGUUUCAGGGAGCAGACCUCUUUAAGGACCAGACGUUUUUCCUCAGCCAGAUCUCCCAGAAUGCACUACGGCACACACUCUUCCCACUGGCGGGGCUCACUAAGGACUUUGUGAGGAAGUUGGCAGCAGAAGCAGGCCUCCAUCACCUCCUAAAGAAGAAGGAGAGCAUGGGAAUUUGCUUUAUUGGAGAAAGGAACUUUGAUGAUUUCAUUUUGGAGUAUUUAGAACCCCAGCCUGGGAACUUUGUCUCAAUCGAUGAUGGGAAAAUCAUGGGGGAGCACAGAGGCUGGUUUACCGUCACGUUGGGUCAGAGAGCAAGGAUCGGAGGACAGAAAGAUGCCUGGUUCGUGGUGGACAAGGACGUCACCACACGAGAAGUGUUUGUGGCUCCAGGCACCAAUCACCCAGCGCUGUACCGGGACACCCUAAGAACCAACCGCUUCCACUGGAUCGCCGAAGAGCCGCCGGCGGGACUGGUCCACACCAAAAUGAUGGAUUGCAUGUUCCGUUUCCAGCACCAAAUGCCUCUCACACCGUGCACUGUGGUCCUGAAUCAGGAUGGAUCUGUUUGGAUCACGAUCGCUCAGCCUAUCAGGGCAUUAACUCUGGGGCAGUUUGCAGUACUCUACAGAGGGGACGAAUGCCUGGGCAGCGGGAAAAUAUUGCGCCUGGGGCCGACGCAGCACACCCUGCAGCAUGGCCGGGAACGCAUGAGCACCCUUGCUGACAGGAACCAAUCCCCAGAGCCGGCCAGCUGAAGACCUGUCAUGUGACCUCACAUCGCAAACACUGCCCGUUUCACACAUUGUGCACGGAGAUGGAGUAUGCUGGCCAGCUGACUAGGGACCUGUUCCAUUUUUGUGCAUGAUACAGAUAAAGUAAUUUUAUUAUUAUUUAAGAAUUGUUCGGUGGGUUAAUGAGAAUGAAGUUCUCACAGCAAUAAUAAUGUGUACAUGAAAUUUAUAAAAAAAAAUUACAAUGGCAUCUUUUUUUCCUGUUUCGGUGUAUUUUAAACCGUUAUACUUAUCGUUCAAGUACUAGGGGCCAAAUAAUGCCACUGCUCUAUGUUGGAAGUGACUCACAUGGGAGACACUAUGACCUCACAGCUUCCGGGUUGUGGCCUAAGGUCACACUCAGGAGCUCUUAAUGGUCCCCAUGUGCUCACACGGGUUUGCUCCCGCAGUCUAAAGACAAGCGGUUAGUGAGCAGGUGCCUCUGUCUGGCCCACAGUGUGACUGUGUGCACGUUUGGCCUAUGAUGGACUGGCACCCUGUCCAAGGGCUCCCCAGCUUUGUACCCAGUGGGCUAUCAAGUACAGCUUUAGUGCUGUUCAUUAGAGGUAGAGGAAAGGAGCAUUCUCUGAUUACAGUGUGUAGUGGGCAACGUACUAUAAUCGUUUGGGGAUGGCAUUAAUACCCCAUACUGUGUCCCAUCUUAACAACAAAUUUAAACCAACCUUAUAUUGAAAAACAAAUAGCUAGCUUCAUGUUUCCAUUUUUAACUCUUUAAACUGUUAAAAUGCUCUUCAUUUUAAUUAUAAAUGUCAUUAUAAAUUGCACAUUAGUCCAUGUUUAAAAAUCAAUGAUGAAACAUGCUUUUUGCCUCACUAGUAUGCUACUUCUGGACAAGAGCAUGUGCUAAAUAAAAGUAAGAUGUAAA